AUGGGAGGCAUCGUGGCAGCGCGGCCCAGUGGACUCAGCUCCUGCGCGCUGCAGUGGCUGGAGCUUCCGAACUUCGAGAGAGGCAUCAACGAAGACCAGUCCAAAGCUACCCGCAGCUCGCUGCGGCAGGACCAGCUGGCUGCAUCAUUGGGAGAGGCAGAGGCGAGCCUCUGCGUGGCAGAGGUGUGGCCCCUGCCCGACGAGGUCCUCUUGCUGGUUCAUGUUGCGCCCUCGAGCCCGAACGGAGGUUUGAAGAGCUCGCCGGUGGCAAAGGCGAAGGGAGGAGGUCCCACGGAACGGCAGGAUUGUGGGAGUCGAUGGUGGCUGCAGGUGUGGCACCUUGACUCCCGCAAGGACCUGCUGCCGCGCGUGCAGGUGAAGGCUUCCAAGGUGACUUGCGUGCACACCGCAAGCAUCGGUGGGAAGCAGCUCCUCCUUUGCGGCGCUGAAGGCGAGGCGCAGCUGCUGGAGCUCAGCACCUUCCGGGUGCUGCAAGACUGGCGCGAGGGCUUGGGCCAGAGCCGCCCCAGUCGCGUGCUGCUGCGGAGCGAGGCAGAGCAACCGGUGGCCGUCUUGGCCCAGGACGCCGGUGGGGUGUUCCUCGCCAAGAUGGGGCAGAAGCCAGAGAGGCUUCUACCCGCCGAGGGCUUCGGCGACAUCGGCGAAGCAUUGCUGGAGCCAGUUGGCGCCGAAGGCUUCGCGGUGUGCGCCAACGGCCACAUCUACGCCUUUGAGGAUGGAGCGUUGAGCUCCGUGAUAGAGCUUCCACAGGGCGAGGUCCGACAGUUCCUCACCACGCCCUACGAGUUCUUCGUGGCCGUGGAUGCCGACGGGCCGCACAAGCCCCGGGCGGUGUGCUGCCAGUGGCCCAGCGAAACGGACGAGGCGGGGUCCAGCGCCUUCGCGGUGAACUUGCGGGCCUGGCACGGCGCGGCGCUCAGAACUUCCGACGGUGGUGUGGAGACCAGCGCCGCGGGGCUGGAUCUCGCGAAGGUGCUCACGAAGAAUGGACGACAAGUGCGCGGCCUUGCUUUGCGCGAGGGGCUGAGCCUCGCAGUGAGCAGCGAGAAGGGCGUUGCGGUCUUCGAGUGGGCCACUGAGGUGAGCCCGGCGCUGGAGGACCUGAGGGCCAUCAAAGAGCAGCGCCUCCUGCAAGAGGCGCAGCUUCAGCGCCAAGAGCUGCUGCGGCGGCAGCUGCUGCGCUGUCAGCAGCGCCUCCAGGAGAACCGAGAAAUUGGAGGAGAAAGCGACUCGUGGAGAGGCGCUCAGUGA